ACCCGCUCUUAUACGUAGGAGAUGCAGCAAACGUUCUGAAGUUCAAAACAACUGGAGUGUUUCGGGUACUGUAGCAGUGAUGUCAUUGCGGAAUUUCCCACGAGGAGUGCCCCGAAAUACCCAGUGAUGUCACAUCACUUUGAAUCCGCACAACCAUGAGCAAAUCCGAUGUUGUUAUUCGAGAGGUCGCAAAAGAUGUCUGGAUCUUCUCCAGACCUUUUGCGCGAUUCGGAAUAAUCCAGAUGGGAGGGCGGUCCACUGCUAUCAAAUUGCGACAGGGAGGCGUUUGGGUACUUGCAUCGACACCACUGACACAAGAUACGCGUAAUAAGAUAGAUGAACUCGGCGAAGUCAAAUACAUCAUAGGUGCUGAUGCUGUUCACCACAUGUUUCUUGGAGAGUUUAAAAGGGCUUAUCCCAACGCGAAGUUAAUAGGCGUUGAAGAUGCCAUAAAGAAUAUGAGCGACAAAGACCUCCAAUUUGAUGGUUUGUGGGGUCGUGACCUUCCCAGCAGAAACUAUGGUUUUGAGGACGAGAUUAAGCAUUGCUAUUUUUCAGGUUUUAGGAAUAAAGACGUGGCUUUUUUGCAUAUGCCAUCAAAGUCACUUAUUGAAGCAGACUUACUUCUAAAUCUACCAGCUAAUGAACAAUAUUCAAAAUCAUCCUCUUCGCCCCGUAUGAAUAUCAAGCCGGACUCGUGGAUCCACAGGGCCAUCAUCAAUAACUCAACGGUUGACGCUAAAGCUAUGCGUCGCGAUGCAACGACAGUUGCUAAUUGGGAUUUCGAUCGAAUUAUUCCUUGCCACGGAGAUGUAAUCGAGACCGACGGCAAUAAGAUGUGGAGAACCUUGUAUGAUGCAUUCCUCAACUGAUAAUCAUAGCUUGCUUGUUUGGUUUGUAUGUAUGGAAGUGAUAAUGAUGUC